UGGCGAACUGACGGGCAAGAGAUUCUAUGAUGACUAAGCGAAUUUUUCUUCAAAGCGUAAAAGCUAGAGUAAAAUCAAAACUUUGGUUGUCUCUUGACGUUGGAACUUGAAAAUAUUAUUUGCUGAAAAUAUUCAUGGAAGGAAAACGAUCUAUAAAAAUGGAUCCAUUGUCACCUGGACCUUGUCUAGAUAUCAGUGAUGAUGAACUAGUGACUAUAUCAGUUAGAGAUUUAAACAGACAGUUGAAGUUACGUGGAUUAUCACGAGAAGAAAUAGUACGUAUGAAACAACGUAGACGUACGUUAAAAAAUAGAGGAUAUGCAGCCAGUUGUCGUAUCAAACGAAUUGAACAAAAGGAUGAAUUAGAAUCAGAGAAAACCCAAGAAUAUCGUGAUAUGGAAGCUAUGCAAGAAGACAAUAAUCGUAUGAGAGAAGAAAUAGAAUCGUGGCAUUCUAAAUAUCAAGCACUAAAAAAAUUUGCCCUAGAAAAAAAAAUUCACAUUCCACCUGAAUUAGAAACUAUGUAAAAUACUUAAGAUA